AUGGCCUUUAAUGAUGAUGAAAAUACAGAGUCCGAAGAACUCGAUGUUCAAUUGUUCGAUGAUCUUAAUGAUGAUAAACGGGAGCAAUCUCAAAACCAAUUGGAAAAAGAUAAAAGCCAACAAUAUGAAAACGAUGCUUCAGUGGCAGUGGAAGCAGAAUCGAAUGAUAAUGAAGAGGAAGGGGAUAACACCAGUCAAUUGAUUCCUGAUUUACCAUCUCAACGAAAUAUUAUUAGUGAUCUAUUAGAAGAAAAUAAAAAUAUGGAAGCUGAAGGUGAUAAGAUAUAUAUUAUUCCAAAGUACUGGUUUGAUAAACUAAAGGAUCCUGUUACUGCUGAUCCUAAUGAAUUGGGACCAAUCGAUCCUUCCCUAAUUUGCAAAGAUUAUGACAAUUUGAUAUUGGCCGAUUAUAAUAAGCAUCCAUAUAUUCCACUUCCUGAAUCUGUUUUCUUGAAGCUAUACGAGUGGUAUGGGUUGGCACAAGGCUCUCAACCAGUUGUUACUUUCUUAAUUUAUGAUGAUGAAUCAAAUUCUUUAAUACCAGAUUAUAAUUGGUAUUUCUUCAGAAUUCAUCACUUGACCCAAGAUGGAGCAAGUAGAAAUUAUUACCCAAAAAAUACUAAGACAUGUUUUACCAUGACAUCGUUAGCAACUUUGAAAGAUGUUCUGAUUAAAGCGAUGGAUUAUUUUGCAGCUAUCGAAACAAACAUUGACGCAACUCAAAUGAAUUUCCAAAUUUGGUACGUCGAUGAUCCAUCAGCUUCUCACACUGCUUCAAUAUUAUCCACUCUUUAUGAAUUAAAUCCCAUCCAAUUUCUGUCAUUUAACGCUAUAACGAAAAUAACAACUCAACUUAUGGACAAACAGAUGAAAGAGUUCACUCCAACUUCCUUUGAUUUCGUGAUAGAAACUAAACCAAAACAGAAAAGUAGUCAUUGGCCCUCAAACUUUCUUAUUUAUAAUAACUUACAAUCAUCUCCAGGUACAAUAGGGUUAACGAAUUUGGGGAAUACCUGUUAUAUGAAUUCCGCACUCCAAUGUAUCACACAUAUCCCAAUAUUCCGUGAUUACUUUCUAUAUGGAACAUUUCAAAAAGAGGUUAAUGAGGGAAAUCCAUUAGGCUAUCAAGGAUAUAUGGCUCGUGCCUUUAGUGACUUGAUACAGAGUUUAUUUGGUGAUAAUAUUACAUCAACUACCGCAUAUUCACCUAGUUAUUUUAAAUCUACAUUGGGCCAUUUUAAUUCAAUGUUUUCCGGAUAUCUGCAACAAGACUCACAAGAAUUUUUGGCAUUUCUGUUAGAUAGUUUGCAUGAGGAUUUAAAUAGAAUAGAUAAAAAACCGUACGUGGAAAAACCUUCUUUACCCCUGACUGCAAAUUUGAAUGAUUUUGAUGUGGUUAAGAGAUUGGCUGAUGAUACGUGGAAGGCACAUCUGCUCAGAAAUGAUUCUGUUAUAACAGAUUUAUUUGUAGCGAUGUAUAAAUCAACAUUAAAAUGUCCAGAGUGUCAGAAUACUUCAGUUACCUUCGAUCCAUAUAAUGAUUUAACUUUACCUCUCCCUGUGGCUUCCAUAUGGCAUACCAAAGUCAAAAUAUUCCCUUUAAACUCUCCACCUUGCACUUUAGAAGUGGAAUUAGCGAAGACUUCAACUUAUCUAGAUCUCAAAAGUUAUAUCUCCGAAUGUACUGGGAUAAAAAUACAAAACCUUUUUGGAUGUGAAAUAUUUAGUCACCAAUUUUAUACCAACUAUGAAACUGUGGAAUCAAACUCACAGUUCUUGCCCCUGCAAGAACUGAUUUCUGACCAAGAUGAUGUUAUAUUCUAUGAAAUUAAUAUAUCCAAUGAUGAAAUAAUCGUACCUGUUUUAAACACCAAAGUAGAAGAAAACUUCAGCAGGCCAUCCCUCUUCGGUGUACCAUUUUUCAUAACAUUAUCUGCUUCUGAAUUAGAUAAUCCAUGUCUUAUAAGGUACAAACUCGAGAAAUGUUAUUCAAAUUUAAGUGGUGGGUUCAUACCUUUUCCCUCAACUGAACAAGAAGAAUUUCCGACAUUAGAUGAUUUCCCACUAUUAUCUGCGAAAUAUCCCAAAGAGGCACUAGAAAAGUAUACAGAUGUAUUACACUAUUCAGUCCCAAUCUGUAUUGACAAUGAUAAGCAAGUUAGAAACGAAGAAUAUUUUAAAAUAAAAAUCUUGAAUUUUAAACAAUCGAUAAAAACAAUAAAUAAUGCAAAUGACGGAAAACAAUCUCCAGCUUUCUGGGUUCCACAAACUCAUAUGAAUUUUUCAAAGGCACAAGAUAUAACCGAAUUACUCAAUCCAAUAACCCGUUCCCUAUACCAAUAUCACUUAUCUUCGGAUGAUGAAAUUACGUCAGAGGGAUUAGUAGAUACCGCAAAGAAUGAAAGGAAAUUAAUGAAAGUCCAGGACUCCGAUUUGGAAUCUCCACUUUCAGAGGAAAAUAUAUCUGUCGAUAAAGACCUAGAUACCAUUACACCAGAACAAGAACAAUUAGGUAUAGAUAAUGAAAUUGAUCUCGAAGAAAUACAAGAAACAGACGGAAAUUCUGAAGAAAAAUGUGAGGAACAGCCAGCCGAGGUUUCACAAACAACAGUACUGAACAAUAAUCUGGACCAUACCUACAACAGAUCUACCCUGAUAUGUCCAGGUAAUGUAAUUAUAUGUGAGUGGCCCGCAACAAACAUUCAAAAGGCGUUCACAGAGGAUAAAGUGAUCAACUGGGAACAUCCAGCUCCACUACCAAAUCCACAACUGGAAAAACUGAAAGAACAACGGGAUAAACAAGAAGAAAGGCAUAUCACACUGGAUGAUUGUUUAAAGUUAUUCUCAAAACCAGAAAUUUUAAGUUCCAAUGAUUCGUGGUACUGUCCUCAUUGUAAAGAACAUAGACAAGCAACGAAACAAAUAGAGCUUUGGAAUACGCCAGAUAUUCUUUUGAUUCAUUUGAAGAGAUUUGAGAAUCAACGUUCAUUUAGUGACAAAAUUGUUGAUACAGUAUUUUUCCCAAUCACAGAUUUCGAUAUAUCGGAACAUUUGGUUUAUAAAGAGGAUCCAAGAGGUAACGUUUAUGAUUUAAUCGCCGUUGAUAACCACUAUGGAGGAUUAGGUGGAGGCCAUUAUACGGCGUAUGCUAAAAAUGCUAAUGAUAAUAAGUGGUAUUAUUUCGAUGAUUCAAGAGUAUCAGUAACUGCACCAGAAAAGAGCAUUGCCGGAUCUGCAUACCUUUUAUUUUAUGUACGUCGUAAUUCACAUGAAAACGUGGUGGAAACAUCAUUGCAAGAGACCAUAAAAGAAGCACGUGAAGCUCAUCAAAGAAAGAUACUUGCAUUAGAAGAAAGACAAAAAAUCAUUUAUGAAGACAACAAAAGUGAUAUGGAAGAUUAUACGGACGGCACUGACAGUGAAUCUUCCCAGCAUGCAAUUGAUGUAACUUCGAACAAAGAGGUGUUCGAAGAUAAUGAUAUUGUUGAACGACCUCGAGCAGCUAUGAAGACUGAAUCAAGUAUGUCACCUACUACUUUCGGGAAAAAUACAGAAGAGAGGCGGUCAUCUGAUUAUAGUAAUGAAAGCGUAGAAGUCGGGGAACAAGAGCUUGAUGAUUCUAAUCCUGAUGGUAUAAAUGCCGCACGAAAAAAAUUAAGAUUGUUGAAGAAAGUAUAUAAUAGAUCAUCACCAUCGUUACCUCUUACCUGUUCAGAGACUAAUGAUGAACAGACAAUAGAAACGCCGAAAAAUGAUUCCUAA